AUGGAAGAGAUGGAAGAGGAGCUGAAAUGCCCGGUGUGCGGCUCCUUUUACCGGGAGCCCAUCAUCCUGCCCUGCUCGCACAACCUGUGCCAGGCGUGCGCCCGCAACAUCCUAGUGCAGACGCCGGAGUCGGAGUCGCCGCAGAGCCGCCGCGCCUCGGGCUCGGCCGUCUCCGACUACGACUACCUGGACCUGGAUAAGAUGAGCCUGUACAGCGAGGCGGACAGCGGCUACGGCUCCUACGGCGGCUUCGCCAGCGCUCCCACCACCCCCUGCCAGAAGUCCCCCAACGGCGUCCGCGUCUUCCCGCCGGCCGCCCCGCCGCCCCCCGCCGCCCUCGCGCCGCCGCCGCCGCCGCGCAACGCCUGCCUCACCUGCCCGCAGUGCCACCGCAGCCUGGUGCUGGACGAGCGCGGGUUGCGGGGCUUCCCCCGCAACCGCCUGCUGGAGGGCGUCAUCGACCGCUACCAGCAAGGCAGGGCGGCGGCUCUGCGCUGCCAGCUCUGCGAGAAGGCGCCCAAGGAGGCGGCCGUCAUGUGCGAGCAGUGCGACGUCUUCUACUGCGAUCCCUGCCGCCUGCGAUGCCACCCGCCGCGGGGGCCGCUGGCCAAGCAUCGCCUGGUCCCGCCGGCCCAGGGUCGCGUCAGCCGCCGCCUCAGCCCCCGCAAGAUCUCCACCUGCACCGACCACGAGCUGGAGAACCACAGCAUGUACUGCGUGCAGUGCAAGAGCCCCGUCUGCUACCAGUGCCUGGAGGAGGGCAAGCACUCCAGCCACGAAGUCAAGGCCCUGGGCGCCAUGUGGAAGCUCCACAAGAGCCAGCUUUCCCAGGCCCUGAACGGAUUGUCAGACAGAGCCAAGGAAGCAAAAGAGUUCCUGGUCCAACUCCGCAACAUGGUGCAACAAAUCCAGGAGAACAGCGUGGAGUUCGAGGCCUGCCUGGUGGCCCAGUGUGAUGCCCUCAUCGACGCCCUCAACAGAAGGAAAGCUCAAUUGCUGUCCCGGGUCAACAAGGAGCACGAGCACAAGCUGAAGGUGGUGCGAGACCAGAUCUCUCACUGCACGGUGAAGCUGCGCCAGACCACGGGCCUGAUGGAGUACUGCCUGGAGGUCAUCAAGGAGAACGACCCCAGCGGCUUCCUGCAGAUCUCCGACGCUCUCAUCAGGAGAGUGCACUUAACCGAGGACCAGUGGGGAAAGGGGACGCUCACACCCCGGAUGACCACGGACUUCGACCUGAACCUUGACAACGCCCCUCUGCUGCAGUCCAUCCAUCAGCUCGACUUCGUGCAGAUGAAAGUUUCCUCCCCAGUGCCGGCCCCCCCGAUCCUGCAGCUAGAGGAGUGUUGCACCCACAACAACAGUGCCACCUUGUCCUGGAAGCAGCCCCCCUUGUCGACGGUGCAGGUGGAAGGCUACAUCCUGGAGCUCGAUGACGGCAACGGCGGCCAGUUCAGGGAGGUGUACGUGGGCAAGGAGACCAUGUGCACGGUGGACGGGCUUCACUUCAACAGCACGUACAGCGCACGUGUCAAAGCCUUCAACAAAACAGGAGUCAGCCCGUACAGCAAGACUCUGGUCCUCCAGACAUCUGAGGACAUGCAGUCAGAAGAACAGACCCUCCCUUUUCCAGUGCCUUUGGAAAGAUCGCAGCUUCGUAGAAUGAGCCCUUUCUCCUCCACCCUUAAUCUACAACCCAGCUUUCCGGGGAGAUCCUACUUUGAGCUAAGAUCUUCGGCCCACCAGCUGAGCUUGCAUUCUUCUUUACAGUCCCUGAAUUCAGCCGGAUGCAAUUUUGAGACACAAGGAACGCCUUACUCUCAAUUAGUUGACAUUAAAAAAAUGGUGGCAGUUGCUUGGUUUUCUUUCGAUCCUGCCUCUGCCCAUGCUGACAUCAUCUUUUCUAAUGACAACCUGACUGUCACCUGCAACAGCUAUGAUGACAGGGUUGUGCUGGGGAAAACGGGCUUUUCCAAAGGGCUCCAUUACUGGGAGCUGUCAAUCGAUCGUUACGAUAACCACCCUGACCCGGCCUUUGGUGUGGCACGCAUUGAUGUCCUGAAGGAUGCCAUGCUGGGCAAGGACGACAAGGCCUGGGCCAUGUACGUGGACAAUAACCGGAGCUGGUUCAUGCACAACAAUUCGCACACCAACAGAACCGAGGGUGGGAUAACGAAAGGCGCCACGGUGGGAGUGCUGCUGGAUUUGACCAGGAGGACUUUGACAUUCUCCAUCAACGAGGACCAGCAAGGACCUGUCGCCUUCGAGAACCUGGAGGGCCUCUUCUUCCCCGCGGUCAGCCUCAACAGGAACGUGCAGGUGACGCUGCACACCGGCCUGCCAGUCCCCGAAUUCUACGCUUCGCGCUCGGCCAUGCCGUGAGGAUGCUCCCAGAGCCGGCUGCCUCUUCUCGGGAUGAGAGGAGCCAGCC